AAAAAAAAAAAAAAAAAAAAAAAAAAAAAAAGGAGGAGAAGGGAUCAGAGCAGCCGCCAGAGAGAGGGCGAUAGAGUCCACUUUCCUCCAACUGCCCUGGGUCUCCCUCCCUCGCUCUCUCCUCUUCAGCAACACCAAGAGCCCCAAACUGAACCCAGAGCAGCUUUUUCCAUCAGUUCAGUUCCCGUCCCUCCCUCUGUCUCACACACGGCAAGGAGAGAGCCCCUUCCUCCCCUUGAUUUUCCUUCGCAUGCUCAGCCCCUUGUUUCCUUUAAAGCACUAGAAAUCCCCCUUCUUGCCCCCGCUCCUCCCUUGCAGACUGGGAUUGCAAUGGGAGCUUUGCAGAUUGCUGGAUUUUCCAUCCUUUUCUUUCUCCUCCACUCUGGAAACACGCUGGCAAAUAAAGCCAGUCAAGAUGUAGAUGAGUGCGUGGAGGGCACUGACAACUGCCACAUCGAUGCCAUCUGCCAGAACACCCCCAAGUCCUACAAGUGCAUCUGCAAGUCUGGCUACACCGGGGACGGGAAGCACUGCAAAGAUGUUGAUGAGUGUGAGCGGGAGGACAACGCGGGCUGCGUGCACGAGUGCGUGAACAUCCCUGGCAACUACCGCUGCACCUGCUACGACGGCUUCCGCCUGGCACACGACGGCCACAACUGCUUAGACCUGGACGAGUGCUCGGAGGGCAACGGCGGCUGCCAGCAGACCUGUGUCAACAUGAUGGGCAGCUACGAGUGCUUCUGCCGGGAGGGCUUCUUCCUCAGUGACAACCAGCACACCUGCAUCCAGCGCCCUGAAGAAGGCAUGAACUGCAUGAAUAAGAACCACGGCUGUGCCCACAUCUGCCGGGAGACCCCCAAAGGCGGCAUCGCCUGCGAGUGCCGCCCCGGCUUCGAGCUCACCAAGAACCAGCGCGACUGCAAACUGACCUGCAACUACGGCAACGGGGGCUGCCAGCACACCUGCGACGACACCGAGCAGGGGCCCAAGUGUGGCUGCCACGUCAAAUUCCUGCUGCACUCGGACGGGGUGACGUGCAUAGGGGAGAGACACUUCCAGCAACACGUUAUCCUUGAGACGUUUUCUAAUGAGACGUGUGCUGUGAACAACGGGGGCUGUGACAGCAAGUGCCACGACGCGGCCACCGGCGUCCACUGCAGCUGCCCCAUGGGCUUCAUGCUCCAGCCCGACAGGAAGACCUGCAAAGACAUCGAUGAGUGCCGGCUCAACAACGGCGGCUGCGACCACAUCUGCAGGAACACGGUGGGCAGCUUUGAGUGCAGCUGCAAGAAGGGCUACAAGCUGCUCAUAAAUGAGAGGAACUGCCAAGACAUCGACGAGUGCUCCUUUGACCGGACCUGCGACCACCUCUGCAUCAACACCCCCGGCAGCUUCCAGUGCCUGUGCCACAAGGGCUACACGCUCUACGGGCUCACCCACUGCGGAGACAUUGAUGAGUGCAGCAUCAACCGGGGUGGCUGCAAAUUCGGCUGCAUCAACACUCCUGGCAGCUACCAGUGUACCUGUCCUGCUGGCUGCAAGCUGCACUGGAACAAGAAGGACUGUGUGGCUGGUGCGUGUCCCUUGGAGCUGGUGAAGUGCCUGCCAGGCUCGGUGCCACCACGGGCCACCCUCACCUGCAACAAGAUGGGCAAGAAGGACAGCUGUGCCCUCUCCUGCACCUCCAAGGCCCGAUUUCUGCCAGAGUCUGACAGCAGCUACACGGUGAGCUGUGGGACCCCCGUCCUGCGGCAGGGCAGCCAGCACAGACCCACCAACAGCAGCCAGCAGUGCCUCGAGACUGUGGCUGCGCCGGUCAAGCAGAAGGCCUCCUUCAAGAUCAAGGAUGCCAAGUGCCACCUGCACCCGCGGACCAAGGGCAAGCAGGAGGAGGCUGGGAAGGCACAAGGUGAGGUGUGGUGGUGGGGGGAGCCGGGGUUCCCCAGCAGGGAUGGGGUGCUGACCUAUCCUCCGUGCACAGGGGGCUCGGCACCGUGCUCUGACUGCCAGGUCACCUUCGUCCACCUCAAGUGCGACUCGUCCAAGAAGGGGAAGGGGCGCCGGGCUCGCAACUCCCCCAGCAAAGAGGUGACGCGCAUCUCGCUGGAGUUCGAGGCCGAGAUCAAGCCCGAGGAGAUCACAGCCAGCUGCAACCUGCACUGCCUGCGACAGAGGGUGGAGAAAAAGCUGAAGUCGGCCAUCAAAGCCCUGAAGAAAUCCAUCAACCAGGAGCGGUUCCUGCUGCGCUUCGCAGGGAUGGAGUACGAGGUGGCCCGGAAGCUGAGCGUGGCCCCCGAGCGGCAGGAGAGCUGCGGGCCGGGCCAGCAGCGCCUGGCCAGCAAGUGUGUCAGCUGCUCGCAGGGAACCUAUUACCACGGGCAGACGGAGCAGUGCGUGCCCUGCCCCCCCGGCACCUACCAGGAGAAGGAGGGGCAGCUCUCCUGUGACCUGUGUCCCCGCGGCGACACCUUCGGGCCCGCAGGAGCCACCAACAUCACCGGCUGCACCGGUCAGUGUCCCCCUGGCCAGCACUCUGCCGAUGGCUUCAAGCCCUGCCAGCCGUGUCCCCGUGGGUCCUAUCAGCCCGAGGUGGGCAGGGCGCUCUGCUUCCCCUGCGGCGGGGGGCUGACCACCCGCCACGAGGGAGCCCUCUCCUUCCAGGACUGCGACACCAAAGUGCAGUGCUCCCCUGGGCACUACUACAACACGAGUGUGCACCGCUGCAUCCGCUGCGCCGUGGGCACCUACCAGCCCGAUUUCCGGCAGAAUUACUGCAUCGCCUGCCCCGGCAACACCACCACCGACUUUGAUGGCUCCACCUCUGUGUCCCAGUGCAAAAACCGGCAGUGUGGAGGGGAGCUGGGUGAGUACACGGGCUACAUCGAGUCCCCCAACUACCCGGGGAAUUACCCCGCCAACGUCGAGUGCACCUGGAACAUCAACCCCCCGCCCAAGCGCAAGAUCCUCAUCGUGGUGCCGGAGAUCUUCCUCCCCUCCGAGGACGAGUGUGGCGACGUCCUGGUCAUGCGGAAAAACUCCUCCCCAUCCUCCAUCACCACCUACGAGACCUGCCAGACCUACGAGAGACCCAUCGCCUUCACCGCCCGCUCCCGCAAGCUCUGGAUCAACUUCAAAACCAGUGAAGCCAACAGUGCUCGGGGCUUCCAGAUCCCCUAUGUCACCUACGAUGAGGACUACGAGCAGCUGGUGGAGGACAUCGUGCGGGAUGGAAGGCUCUACGCCUCCGAGAACCACCAGGAGAUCCUCAAGGACAAGAAGCUCAUCAAAGCUUUCUUCGACGUGCUGGCACACCCCCAGAACUACUUCAAGUACACAGAGAAGCACAAGGAGAUGCUGCCCCGCUCCUUCAUCAAACUCCUGCGCUCCAAAGUCUCCAGCUUCCUCCGGCCUUACAAAUAGCCCCCCGCCUCCC